UGUACAUUGCGACGACGCCCAACGAAACGGCACCAACACCCAACAUAAUACGUAGACCUCAUGUGAUAUUUUCCUCGUCUUCCCUAGUGAGAUGUCCUUCCUCGGGUUUAAAAUUUGGGUCCCGUCGUCCGACGUGAUCUAACAAUCAGAACACACAUACACACUCGCAUGAUCCUGAAAUGGCAGACUCGAAACCCACGAAAACAGCUCACAUCACGGAGAUGCCCAUCACAUGGCGAAAUUGGUACCAGCAUGUUAACUGGCUGAGUGUCUUCUUUAUCAUAGUCAUCCCACUCAUGGGCUUCAUCGCUGCCUAUCAUUAUCCCUUACAGCGAGCCACGGCUGCCUUUGCCAUUUUCUACUACUUUAAUACUGGGUUGGGUAUUACAGCCGGAUACCAUCGCCUCUGGGCACAUUCUUCAUACCGAGCUUCAACCCCUCUCAAAAUCUAUCUGGCGGCGGUCGGCGUUGGCGCCGUCCAGGGCUCGAUUCGGUGGUGGUCAAGGGGCCAUCGUGCCCAUCACCGGUAUACUGACACUACAAAGGACCCCUAUUCCGUGCGCAAAGGCUUCUGGUAUUCCCACCUUGGCUGGAUGAUUAUGAAACAAAACCCGAAGAGCAUUGGUCGGGCGGAUAUCACCGACCUUAAUAAGGACCCGAUUGUGAUAUGGCAGCACCGUAAUUAUAUCAAGGCUGUUCUAUUUAUGGGCCUUAUCUUCCCUACUCUAGUUUGCGGCAUUGGCUGGGGCGAUUGGGUGGGUGGCUUUAUCUACGCGGGUAUUCUACGGGCGACCUUUGUGCAACAAGCUACCUUCUGCGUCAAUUCUUUGGCUCACUGGCUGGGAGACCAGCCCUUUGACGAUCGAAACUCACCCCGGGAUCAUGUUAUCACGGCCCUCGUCACAUUGGGGGAAGGGUACCAUAAUUUCCAUCAUGAGUUCCCGUCGGAUUACCGGAAUGCAAUCGAGUGGUGGCAGUAUGACCCAACAAAGUGGGCCAUCUGGACGUGGAAGCAACUUGGCCUGGCAUAUGACCUCAAGCAAUUUAAACAGAACGAAAUUGAAAAGGGCCGACUACAGCAGGAGCAAAAGAAGCUCGACGCCUGGCGGUCUAAACUAGACUGGGGCACCCCAAUUUCUCAGCUGCCCAUCAUCACAUGGGACGAUUUCCAAACCGAGUCGGCAAAAGCUGAUGGGAGAGCCCUGGUAGUCAUCGCAGGGGUCGUUCAUGAUGUGGCUGACUUCAUUGAAGAGCACCCCGGCGGCAAAGCGUUCAUCUCCUCGGCCAUUGGGAAGGAUGCAACAGCCACCUUCAAUGGCGGUGUCUACCAGCACUCAAACGCCGCACACAACCUGCUCUCGACAAUGCGCGUGGGAGUCAUCUACGGAGGUGGAGAGGUGGAAAUUUGGAAGCGGGCCUACUCCGAGAAGCCCAACGAGAUCAAGAACCAACUUAUCCAGCGAGCGGGCAAGCAGGUCAUCCAAACGUCUCCUUAGAACGGUGUUACCGUGGUUUGGAUGGAUAUGUACUAGGGUGAAGCAGUUAACUAAUCGCCCUAUAUAGUUAUAAUUCGUCUCUAAAGUCCUUGGUACAUGCAAAUACAGAUAUUAUCACCAGUACGCUUGGCGGACGUUGCCAUUGGAAUUUAACAUCUUUCCAAGUAUUGCUUAUUGCGACAGAAAAAGCUGGAGUCCCUCAACAGAUUCAGACAACCCCACUAGCUAAAUGGAAAUUUUCGUGGCCUGCUUCGGAUGAACCCUGGU